AUGGAGCCCCGGGCUGCCGCGGCGGGCUCGCCCGAGCCUGCGGCGGCGUCCUCUUCCUUCCAGGCCCGGCUCUGGAAGAACCUGCAGCUGGGGGUGGGCAAGAACAAGGGCGGCGGGGGCGGGCGCGCGGGGGUCCCCGAGCGCCGCACUGCGGCCACCCCGUCGCCCUCCCCGCCACCCCCGGGGGGUAGGCGGGACGCACUGGCCGGCUCGGGUGGCGCGGGCAGCAGGUGGAGCGGCUUCAAGAAACGGAAGCAAGUGCUGGACCGCGUCUUCUCCUCCUCCCAGCCCAACCUGUGCUGCUCCUCGCCGGAGCCUGUCGAGCCCGGGGGUGCCGGCAGAGCGGAGCAGGGGUCCACGCUGCGCCGCCGGAUCCGCGAGCAUUUGCUUCCCGCGGGAAGGGGGCCGCUGGCAGCCGCCGGAGCAGCCGGAGUGACGCCUCCUGGCGGACGCUCCCCGGACUCAGCUCGCUCUUCGUCCUCUGCCUCAUCCUCCCUGUCCUCCUCACCCCAGCCGCCCCCGAGGGGGGACCGCGCCCGAGAUGAGGGUGCACGGCGUCGGGGCACCGCGGCGCACUUGUGCCAUCAGAAGAGUUCCUCCCUGCCGGGCACCGCCUGCUUGGAGCAGCUGCUGGAGCCGCCGCCGCCGCCUCGAGCUGAGCCAGCACGGAGCCCAGCAGAGCCGCGAACCGCGGAGAAGGGCGAGGAGCGCGGCAGCAGCCGGAAAAUAAAUACUGCUGGAACCAGUAAUGCAGAUGUCCCCUUGGCUGAUCCCGGAAUGUACCAAUUGGACAUUACAUUAAGAAGGGGUCAGAGUUUAGCUGCCCGAGAUCGAGGAGGGACAAGUGAUCCAUACGUGAAGUUUAAAAUUGGAGGAAAAGAAGUUUUUAGAAGUAAAAUAAUACACAAGAACCUCAAUCCUGUGUGGGAGGAGAAAGCUUGCCUUCUUGUUGAUCAUCUUAAGGAGCCAUUGUAUAUAAAGGUAUUUGACUAUGACUUUGGUCUACAGGAUGACUUUAUGGGCUCAGCCUUUCUGGAUCUCACACAAUUGGAGUUAAACAGGCCCACGGAUGUGACCGUAACACUGAAAGAUCCCCAUUAUCCUGACCAUGAUCUUGGAAUGAUUUUGCUCUCAGUCGUCCUUACCCCUAAAGAAGGAGAACACAGGGAUGUGCAGAGUUCAAUCCACAGCUUUCUUCAUUGGAGGAUUUAUGAAAUAAAAACAAUGCUAAUGAGGAAGAGUUGGAAAAGAUCAAGUAAGGAACUCUCAGAAAACGAAGUGGUUGGAUCUUAUUUCUCUGUGAAGUCUUUCUUUUGGAGGAGAUGCGGCAGGACUGCUUUUCCUGUCCUGGGCUUCUGCAGAGCAGAGCUUCAGAAUGCUCAUUACCAAAAUGCACAAUUUCAGACCCAAAGUUUACGUCUGUCAGACGUGCACAGAAAACCACAUCUUUGGAGAGGAAUAGUCAGCAUCACAUUGAUUGAGGGGCGAGACCUCAAGGCGAUGGAUUCAAAUGGGUUGAGUGACCCCUAUGUGAAGUUCCGGCUUGGGCAUCAGAAGUACAAGAGCAAGAUUAUGCCAAAAACUUUGAAUCCUCAGUGGAGGGAACAAUUUGAUUUUCAUCUCUAUGAAGAAAGAGGCGGAAUCAUUGAUAUUACUGCAUGGGACAAAGACGCUGGGAAAAGGGAUGACUUUAUUGGCAGGUGCCAGAUCGACCUGUCAGCUCUCAGUAGGGAACAGACACACAAGUUGGAGCUGCAGCUGGAGGAAGGGGAGGGGCACCUGGUGUUGCUGGUCACCCUGACAGCUUCGGCCACAGUCAGCAUCUCUGACCUCUCCAUCAACUCCCUGGAGGAUCCGAAAGAACGUGAGGAAAUAUUAAAGAGAUAUAGCCCAUUGCGGAUAUUUCACAACCUGAAAGAUGUGGGAUUCCUCCAGGUGAAAGUGAUCAGAGCAGAAGGGUUAAUGGCCGCUGAUGUCACAGGUAAAAGUGACCCAUUUUGUGUGGUUGAACUGAACAAUGAUAGGCUGCUAACACAUACGGUCUACAAAAAUCUCAAUCCAGAGUGGAACAAAGUCUUCACAUUCAACAUUAAAGAUAUCCAUUCAGUUCUUGAAGUGACAGUUUAUGAUGAAGAUCGGGAUCGAAGUGCUGACUUUCUGGGCAAAGUUGCUAUACCAUUGCUGUCCAUUCAAAAUGGUGAACAGAAAGCCUACGUCUUGAAAAACAAGCAGCUGACAGGGCCAACAAAGGGGGUCAUCUAUCUUGAAAUAGAUGUGAUUUUUAAUGCUGUGAAAGCCAGCUUACGAACAUUAAUACCCAAAGAACAGAAGUACAUUGAAGAGGAAAACAGACUCUCUAAACAGCUGCUACUAAGAAACUUUAUCAGAACGAAGCAUUGUGUCAUGGUGCUUGUAAAUGCUGCAUACUACAUUAAUAGUUGCUUUGACUGGGAUUCACCCGCAAGGAGCCUCGCUGCGUUUGUGCUCUUUCUCUUUGUUGUCUGGAACUUUGAGCUCUACAUGAUACCAAUGGUUUUGUUGUUACUAUUGACAUGGAACUACUUCUUGAUAAUAUCAGGGAAAGAUAACAGGCAACGCGAUACAGUAGUGGAGGACAUGCUAGAGGACGAGGAAGAAGAAGAUGACAAAGAUGACAAGGACAGCGAAAAAAAGGGAUUUAUAAAUAAAAUCUAUGCCAUCCAGGAAGUAUGUAUCAGUGUCCAGAACAUCCUAGAUGAAGUUGCUUCCUUUGGCGAAAGGAUAAAGAAUACUUUCAACUGGACCGUCCCAUUCUUAAGCUGGCUGGCCAUUGUAGCCCUCUGCGCGUUCACAGUCAUCCUGUACUUCAUUCCGCUGAGAUACAUUGUCCUUGUCUGGGGCAUCAAUAAAUUUACAAAAAAGCUGCGGAGUCCAUAUGCAAUUGAUAAUAAUGAACUACUUGACUUCCUUUCCAGAGUCCCUUCAGAUGUGCAAGUGGUGCAAUACCAAGAACUGAAACCAGAUCCUUCUCAUAGCCCAUGUAAAAGGAAGAAAAACAAUCUUGGCUAGCCAGCUCCCAGCACUGAGGAGACCAGCAUCUGUUUGGGAAGAUAAAAGGAAAAGCCUUCAGCCUGAGCCGCAUUUCCUUUCUUUCUGUUUUUUAUUUAUUUUGCCAUUUUACCAUGAUUGAGAGAAUUUGUAAAUAGUGUACAAAGGCAUAUGUCUUUGAAAAUAUACUUCCAUUGUACAGAAUCAAUUUGAUAAAGGUUUAGCUAUUGCUGCGUGAAAACCUUGUUAGCUGUGCAUAAUAAUAUAACACAUUGGAACAACAAAUGUAAGAAUGGUAACAUUGGGAGAUACACAUUUCUCUAAUUACAAGUGUAAGAACUAGAAUAUUAAAUGCUCAGCUGUGCUCUGAUUAAAUCUACAUAAAAUGUAAAUGUCAAUUUGAUUUUAAAGUUUUUUUUUAAUGUGACUAUUUUUUAUCUGAAAAAUAAUCCAUUACAGUUUUCUAUGUUUUAUACAUUUCAAAAGGGAGGAGGGAUCCCAGAGCCUAAAUAAUGGAACAGAUGCAUUUCAACUUAACAUAGAUUCGGAUCCUGAUAUUCAUUCCUGUGCAAAUUAUUUAGAUAUGACUAGGCUGACUUCUUUAAGCUAAAGAGUGAAGGUAUAUUCACCUCCUCAAGAGAAUCUUCCACACACUGAAAUCCUACAAAGAAAAUUUCCAAAUCUUCUAUCAUUCCAUCUAAAACCUUAAAAUCUCUACAGGACUACACAAAAAAUACUGCCAGGUUUAUAAAUGAUGAUUGCCUAUAACGAUUUUUAUACCAAUCACUAUUAAUUUGUGCCAAGUUAGCAAAUUAGCAACCCAGUUCAGUCGUCAAAAAUCUAGCAAAUUAAAUCCACAUUGCCUUUGGUGUCAGAUUAUGCCUCUGUGCAUCUAAAAAUAUUUAAUACUCAAGUGUUCUCACAGAAAAAAAAAAUGUAUCUACUUUGUUAUUAGGUUACUGAACUGCUUUAAUAUGCAUAUUAUGAUUUUUGUUAUUAGUGUGAAUUUUAACGUAGAGGAGAAUGCAGUGUGCUAAGUGAUAUGCCAGUGUUUCAUUACCAUUCAUUUAUAGAAAAAAAAAAUCAUUCUUUAAAAUAUGAAUGCAUGAAAACCUAUUUUGUAAAAUAAACUGCUUAUGGGGAGGGGGAGUUCGCCUUUGAAAAUGUUUCACUACUUUACUUACCACAGAAUCUAUACUUAAAAAUUGCAUUCCCGACUCUCAUGUAGUUUUUGUACCUAACUUCCUGGUAUAUCAAGGGAGUAUACCUCUAGAGAGACAGAAUUUGGUGAGAAUGUCUUACUUCCCUGACUUGGUAGGGGAUUAAGCUUGGUUGAAAUUGCUGCAGUGUUUUGCACUACUUUAUUAACAAUGGACUGGGAUAGGGUGAAGGUGGGGGGUCAUGCUGGAAAAAUGUAGAAAAGCCAGAAGCGAGAAAUAUAUAUUUCACUCUAUAAGAAGAUUCUUUAAAAAUAAAUUUAAUCUCAUCAAAGUUGAUUUUUAAAGUAUUUUUAUUUUAAAGCUAUGUUGUUAAAUACUGUUUCUUAUGAUAAAACUAUUUUGAUCUGUUUAUACACUAUGCUUGAAAGAAUGUCAAUUAAAUUCCCUUUCUACAGAAAGGCUUUGACCUCAAUAUGCUCUAUUUAGCGCAUCAUGUUUAUAAUGACAUGCUUACAUCCACAUACCAUCAUCGUUUGUUGUUAAGACAGAUGUAAUACUUCAUGAAGUUGAUGUUGCUACAGGAAGUUUACUGAUGGAAUAAUUUGUUUGAAAUAACUUUUGAUUAUACUCUGUGUGAGAUUUGUGUUCCGUGCUGACAUUGUCUACUCAAAUGUCUACAAGCCUGAUAUUCUAACACCUCAGAUGUACCCAGUGGAUAGCAACCAUUAACAGAUGACUAAUUUCUGUUUCAUGCUAUCAAAUUUCAGAUGUUUAG